GCACCAAAGUGAAGCGAUCGUUUAAUGUAUCGUCUCCCAAUCCCACUCAUUGACAAGCGAUAGCUGGAAUAUUGCUGAGUGCGGCGUUAAACAACAAACCAGCCAACGAACAAACAUUGACAAGAGUCGCGAGAUACAUCUGUGCUCUGCAAAAUCAAUUUGUGGGAAAGGCCAUCUAGCGCAUGUACAUGCCAGAGCAUUCACUCUCCACUAUGCAGCAUUGGUUACAUCACUGCUGUUUGUGUUUGGCGCUCAUCGUUCUCGUAGCAACAGUUAUCUACGAUGAUGAUGACGACGACAACACCUCUGAGACAAAGGCAAGGUACACUCCUCGCGCAAGCAAGCGGAGAGGUGGAAGCCGUUAUCGGAGUAGUCGCGUGUCCUAUCGCGGCGGAAGCGGAAGUUUCAGCGGGGGCGGGGGCGGCGGACUUGAUGCAUUAUGGAUAUUCCUGUACGUCCUCGGUGCGGUAGUAGGCGUCGCGUUGUUAGUCUUUUGCUGCUAUUGCUGUUUCAUCUGCUUUAUUCAAGAAGACAAAGAUGACAAGAAACAAGAACCUACUAGAGAAGAAAGCCAAACGAAAGAAAUUCUUAAAACAGAAAAGGUGCAGGAACGUUGAUGGCGCAGCUGAUCUUUAGCAAAACAGCACUUACUGUUUCUGAUCCUUUCGUUUGACAUAACGCACUUCAUAGAUACACUGUCUUUUUAUGACGUUCUGUCUUAUGUCCUGAAUUGCAUUUUAUACUGAUGUUAUAUUUUCUGAACUUAUGGUAUGGCAUUGAGCAUUUUAUAGUGAUAUUUUAUACUUACAUUUUUUUCUGAUCAUAAGAUUUGAAAUGAAUAAUUUUAUAGUGGUAUUAUAUACGUGUUACUACUUCUGAUAAUCUGCUCUGACUGUAAGCAUUUUAUUAUAAUGGCGUCUUCAAUGUAAUGUUUCUGAUAUAUGCUCUGAUAUUUAUCAUUUGAUAGUGAUAUUACAGUAUGAGUCAUAAUUAUUGGGCUUGAAAAAUCUUUAAAAUUGUAAAUAUGAAAAUUUCAUACCAAAAAAUAAAACAUAUUUUAAGUGAGCACAAACCUUCUUUAAUCACAUCACAGUAACAUCAAUAUUUUAUCAGACCACCAUUUGCUUCCAGUUUUAUACGAUUGGGCAUACUUCCUAUGAGAGAGGUUAGAGUCUCGUGGGUGAGAGAGUCCCAAUAUCGCACCACCUCGCGCUUCAUGUCAUCAACUUUUGUCAAUCGCUUUUGGUUCACCGACUCCUUCAUGAGUCCACACACAUUUUCUAUAGGAUUUAAGUCCGGGCUGUAGCUAGGCCAGUCCAAAACGGUCACAUUGUUGUCCACAAACCACUGCCGCGCAUGUCUUGCGGUGUGUUUGGGGUCAUUAUCCUGUUGCAAAAUCCAAGUAUUUCCAUAAAAAAACAUCUGCAUUUGGGAUCAGGUGAGCUUCCAAAAUGUCUGUUUUCCCUUCACUGGUUAAAUUACCCUCAAAAACACAAAUGGGCGUCGUUCCAAGUGAAGAUAUCCUUCCCCAAACAUGAAGCUUCGGACUGUACUUUGGUCUCUGGUACAAUGGAACGGAAUGACAUUUUGUCCACAUUUUAACAUUGUUAGGAUACACCCAUACAGAGCUCUCAUCUGUGAAAAUAACACUGUUCCAGUCAAAGUUUUCAUGCGCCAAACACCACUCUACACGUCUAUCCUUGUGUUCUUGUUUCAAGAGCGGAUAGGCAAUUCCUUUCUUUUUUUCCCAUCCAAGUUCAAUCAAAUGUUCUUACUGUAGAUUUGGAUACAUUGACUGUCCCUCUAUUUACCAUUUCAUGUUGGAUAUUUGAGAUACUCGCCCUUCUGUUUUUAGAGGCCAAAAUACCGAGUCUCACACGAUCACCAAACACCAGUUUUCGAGGUCUCCCCGCUCCUUUUCUGUGCUCAAUUCCUGAACCAUUCUUAAUAUUCUUCUUAACUCUAUACACUGUAGAAAGAGGAGUAUCUGUGCUCUUUGCUAAUGUAGCAGCAUCAGUGAUGCCUUCAUCAUGGAGCUGUAGAAUCAACCUUCUUUUCUCCUCUGCACUCAUUUCUGUAAUAUAUCAGUAAAAGUCGUAUUCUCCCUAAUCAAGGAGAUAACUCUAAUUUGCAACUUCUACAAUUAAAGAAGAGUUGCUUCCCUUUGACCAUACCUCAUUUGUCAACACUUGUCAAUAUUGAUAUUUAAUGCAUGCUUCCUUGAAUAUGACAUUAAAAUUCCCAAUAAUUUUGAACCAGACUAUAUAAUCGUAGAACAUUUUCUAAUCAUUAAAUAUGAAUUUAAACAUUUUAUAGUGGUAUCAUACACGUGUUACACUGUUUUGACAUUAUGCAGUUUAUCGUGGUAUUGGACUGAAUUGUUUCUGAGAAUAUGUUGUGACAUGAAACAUUUUUAUUGAGAUAGUGUAUACAUGUUGUGAUAUUAUGCAUCAAAUAGUGAUAUUGCAUUAUUACCUGUUCUGAUCCUUUGAUCUGACAAGUAGCAUUUUACAGUGCUGUUCUAAACAUGUUAGUGUGUCUGAUAUUAUGCUCUGCGAUUUAGCAUUUAAUAGUGAUGUUGUAUUUUUUCAAGUUUUUUGUAUAUAAUAUUGAUAUAGUUGUAUUACUUUUAUUGAUUAUUUGCUCAGACAUUAAGAAUUUACUGAUGAUAAACUGAUUACUGUUUCUUGUUAUUAUGUCUGAUAUUAUGCAGUUUACUGUGGAGUGUGUGCAUAAUUGACAUUGUUAAAACAAUUAAUCAAUCCAUGUGCCUAAGUAUGUGCCUAUUUAUUGCAAAGUUUGUCAAAUGUUUAUACUUACUUGAGAUGAGAGAGAUUUGUUUAUUUUGUUUGUGCAACCUUGCUGCGUGGCAAUGGUAGUAAAAUACCCAAUGUUUUCUGUGGUAACAAAUCAAAUAUAUUUUUUUUACAAGAAGUGACAUAACUGUUAAUAAUUCAUGUCAUAUUUAUGUGUCAAACAUUCUACUUAUUUCAUAUUUGCAAUUUAUAUUGUAUGGUUUUUGUAUUCAGUUACAAUGUUUCGAGACCGAUCAUGUGAUAUUACAUUUUGGCUGGUCAUGGGGGUGGGGGUAGCAUUGAUAGAAAAUGUAUUGUCCAUAACAAAGAUCCCUGACACCACCACCAUAAAACCCCGCCCAUACUUCCGAAAAUAUUAACUGAUUGUCGCCAUACUAUGGGAAAUAUUGAAUAAGGACUAUGCAAUAGAAAGUGGUUUUCUUUAUAUUCCAGUACUUUUUAUUUGGAUACAAUGGCGUCUAGUUGAUCUGUUGAUUACUUCUUCAUAACGUCUGGUACCGUUCUAGGUAUGUCAAUGAAUACCCCCUUAGUUUGGUAUCUGGGGCAUUUAUAUUGUGUCAUAUUUUCUUAUUACAGCCAACAGUUUUAUGUAUUUACUUUGUGCCUCCUGAAUCUUAAUAAACAA